AUGAAGUCACCAAUGUCAAGCUCGCACAACCCGAAAGCCUCAAAUCCUCAACUAUGCGUAUCUUCUUACUUCAAUAACCCCUCAAUGGAGAUCCAUACAAUUGAUAAAGAAUAUGAAAAUGGUACAAACCAUAGCGACAACUUUUUAAGACAGUUUUCCUUACCGCAAGAAAAUUUACAAGACUUUUUGACUGGUUUCAAUGCUCAAGAACAAGCUGUUCACGCAAAUCAGAUGGACAUUUUGCAUACUAGAGAACGCACAUUCGAUCAGUUCGUAUUACAAGAUAUGUUCAGAGUUUCUCUUUUCCCUCGCACAUACAAUGAUGUCGAGUCAUCUGGAAUGUCUUCCACAUCAGAGGACUGUGCCAGUAUGAACUUUUCUGGGGAAGCUUACCAUCUGGUUUCUCCGGCUGAAUCUCGAGCCAUAGAUACCAUGGCUGACUUUACAGCAUCAUCUCCCUCUAUCAAGAAAAAAAAGCAUAAGCGGAGGCUGCUUAUGAAUCGUUCGAGGCUUGGAUGUUGGAUCUGUAGAAUAAAGCACUUGAAAUGCGACGAAACCAAGCCUGCUUGCACAAACUGCAUUCGCUUUGGCAUUGAAUGCGAUUAUUCGGUAGAGCGUCCCGCUUACGUUCUGGAUUCCAGUCUUAGAAGAAAAAAACUAGAUUCUAUUAUAACCAAAAAACGCCGGCGUUCAGAGAGCACGCCAAAUGCAUCUUUUUUUGCGAGUGCAAUAGAGGAAAAUAUGAAUCAGUCUGACUUUUCAUAUUUUCGGAAGCAAGAAGGGACAAGUUUUGAUGCAGACUAA